AUGUGGAUAAUCUCCUUCUGGGUGUUUCCCAUCGUCGCAGGAUGCGUGUGGAUAGCGACGCUGGUCGCCAUGCUUGGGGCAUGGGCGGCGGAUGGGAAACCGCAUUACACUACUAUGAGCCAUGGACAGACCAUUCCGUACAUUUCGCAUAUUGGCGCCGAGGGAAUUAAGCCGCUGUUCAUCGCCGGUAGUGCAGUAACAGUCGUUUUUAUGGACUUAUCUCUUCUUGCAGAGCGCUGGCUCCGACACGCCGGCCAAUUGGCCAAGAAUAGAGGACGAUUCGACAAGGCCUGCGCUAUUGGAUCUAUCGCGUUCUCGGUUACUGGAGCUCUGGGGUUGAUCUUGCUGUCCAUCUUCGACGCAAAACGCCACCAUAACCAACACUACGGCUUCUUGAUUAUGUUUAUCGCGAGCUACGUGAUUUCCGCCGUCCUCAUAUGUCUGGAAUACAUUUACAUCGGUCUUUACUACCGCCCUCAAGCUCGAAUCUUGCUCGUCAGUUUCGGCAUCAAGGCGCUCUUUGUGAUUGGCGAACUUGGCGUUGCUAUUGGAUUUGGUGUGUGCAUGGGAGCCAAAACCAAAAACCGCAAAAAUGUCGCCGCUGUUUUGGAAUGGGUCGCUGCUCUCAUUUUCGCAUUCUUUGUCUUUUCAUUUGUCAUUGACUUGUUGCCCUCUGUGCGGACGAAGAAACGUGUUCCCCAGGGCGAGAAGUACCUUCGACCCACACCCGAUGGCCCUGUGGACUUCUGA